GGCCGUUGCAGCCACUAUAGGCAGGAGGAGAGGUUGGCGCUCGGCAAGUCCAGCGGCUCUGGCUCCUUUCCCUAGUUUGGUGAUAUCCCGGCGCUUCCGGACCCGCGAUCGGAACGGGUGGGUCGCAGUGGAGGGAAGCCCAGGCCGGCCAUCCUCCGCGUGUGUUGAAGUUCAGAGCCCUUGCUGGGCGUCUAAGCCCCAGACGGAGGACCCAGCUGGAGGGACACUGCUUGGGAAACCCUGGUCACCAGGUUCCAGAGAACGGGAUGAGCUCCUGAGAUGGAAGAUCCAUCCUCUCCAUUAUCUGCCCUUCUCCAAGGGGGACAUUCUCUACUAUCAUCAGCCAGUUUUCAGGAAUCAGUGACCUUCAAGGAUGUGGUAGUGGACUUCACCCAGGAAGAAUGGAAACAGCUGGAUUCUGUGCAGAGAGAUUUAUUCAGGGAUGUGACAUUGGAAAAUUAUACACACCUAGUCUCUAUAGGACUCCAAGUUUCCAAACCUGAUGUGAUCUCCCAGUUAGAGCAAGGGACAGAGCCAUGGAUCGUGGAGCCCAGCAUACCCAUGAGUGGCUCUGGAGACUGGGAAGUAAGACCAGGAAAUAGCAUUUCAGUUCCAGAGCUGGACGUUUCUGAAGAAGAGCCAUUUCCAGAGGCAGUAGUAGAAAAAUACAAACGUGAUGACUCUCGGAGUUCUAACUCCUCAGAAACAUGGAUGUCUAAAGAAAGUCCAGAGAGGCAGCAGGCAAACAAACAGACAUUGACAAGGGAAGUAAAAAUAAUUGAGAAAACAAUACCCACUUUGGAGAGAAACCUUGUAAAUCAUGACUUUGUAAAAAGCAUCAAUAUUAGCUCAAACCUAGUAAUACAACAGGAUAUGUCCCCAGAAGAGACUGCUACUAAAACAAGCAUCAAACAGAAUUUAAAACCAGUUAAAAAAGAGAAAACUUGUAAGUGUAGUGAAUGUGGGAAAGCUUUUAGUUAUUGUUCAGCACUUAUUCGCCAUCAGAGAACACACACUGGAGAAAAACCCUACAAAUGUAAUGAGUGUGAGAAAGCCUUCAGUAGGAGUGAAAACCUUAUAAACCAUCAAAGAAUUCAUACUGGAGAUAAACCAUAUAAAUGUGAUCAGUGUGGAAAGGGCUUCAUUGAGGGGCCAUCUCUUACUCAACAUCAAAGAAUUCACACUGGUGAAAAGCCCUAUAAAUGUGAUGAGUGUGGGAAAGCCUUUAGUCAGAGGACCCAUCUUGUACAGCAUCAGAGAAUUCAUACUGGUGAGAAACCCUAUACUUGUAAUGAAUGUGGAAAAGCCUUUAGCCAGAGAGGCCACUUUAUGGAACAUCAGAAAAUUCAUACAGGAGAAAAACCAUUUAAAUGUGAUGAAUGUGAUAAAACUUUCACAAGGAGCACUCACCUUACUCAACAUCAAAAAAUUCAUACUGGAGAGAAAACCUAUAAAUGUAAUGAAUGUGGGAAGGCCUUCAAUGGGCCCUCAACAUUUAUCCGUCAUCAUAUGAUCCACACAGGUGAAAAACCCUAUGAAUGCAAUGAAUGUGGGAAAGCCUUCAGUCAGCACUCAAACCUCACUCAACAUCAGAAAACGCACACUGGGGAGAAACCUUAUGAUUGUGCUGAAUGUGGGAAAUCCUUUAGUUACUGGUCAUCCCUAGCUCAACAUCUGAAAAUUCAUACUGGAGAAAAGCCUUAUAAAUGCAAUGAAUGUGGGAAGGCCUUCAGUUACUGCUCAUCCCUUACUCAGCACCGCAGAAUUCACACCAGAGAAAAGCCCUUUGAGUGCAGUGAAUGUGGGAAGGCUUUCAGUUACCUUUCAAACCUUAAUCAACAUCAGAAGACUCAUACCCAAGAGAAGGCUUACGAAUGUAAGGAAUGUGGGAAAGCCUUCAUUCGGAGUUCUUCUCUUGCUAAACACGAAAGAAUUCAUACUGGUGAGAAACCCUAUCAGUGUCAUGAAUGUGGGAAAACCUUCAGUUAUGGCUCAUCACUUAUUCAGCAUAGGAAAAUACAUACUGGAGAAAGGCCUUACAAGUGUAAUGAAUGUGGGAGAGCCUUCAACCAGAACAUACACCUUACACAACAUAAGAGAAUUCACACAGGGGUAAAGCCUUAUGAGUGUGGCGAGUGUGGCAAAGCCUUUCGACAUUGUUCAUCUCUUGCUCAACAUCAAAAAACUCACACAGAAGAAAAGCCCUACCAGUGUAAUAAAUGUGAAAAGGCUUUUAGCCAGAGCUCCCAUCUUACUCAGCAUCAAAGAAUUCACACUGGAGAGAAGCCGUAUAAGUGUAAUGAAUGUGACAAAGCCUUCAGCCGGAGCACUCACCUGACUGAGCAUCAGAAUACUCACACUGGGGAGAAGCCGUACAACUGUAAUGAAUGCAGGAAGACUUUCAGCCAGAGCACUUACCUCAUUCAGCAUCAGAGAGUUCAUUCCGGAGAGAAGCCUUUUGGAUGUAAUGAUUGUGGGAAAGCCUUCAGAUAUCGUUCUGCCCUCAACAAACAUCAGAGGCUGCACCCUGGCAUAUGACUGGUCCAGGAGCAUCAUAAAUGUAGGGGAUGCAUUUAACUCUACUUUGUCCUUUUAAGUACUGAACAACCAGAAUGGAUUGAGAAAUGGCCUAAAUCAUUUUAACUUUACACUGUCCUAUGGAAUAGAAAGUGCACUGGGCUGAAGUAAUCAAUUUUAUUAAGCAACUUUGUAACACUGGAAAAUUCAACUGUUUCAAACUUCACUUUCCUCUGUGAAAUGAGGGAUUUGGAAAAAAUGAUUUCAAAGGUUUGGAGGUUUAUAUUCAGGCCAUUCAUAAUGUACUCUUGAAUAGGAUUACUACACAUCAGAUUUUGCUGUGUUGCAUUUAGAAUAUAUUUAUGCAUGUUUUGCCAAUAGAAAACAUUUACGCUUCAGUAAUUAGACUAGAGAUCUAUUAUGCUCCUGUUUUAAUGCAUUUAAGUUGUUCAAGUAACUGGUUCCUAAUAAAAAGAAUUAUAAAA